GUAUACAAAAAGUUGAUCAAAUAUUGCCUUAUUUUGAUAACAUUCUUAUUAAGGUUGAGUUAGGUGCAACUGUGCUAUGAAGGGUAGCUUGACAACGACAGGUGACAUGCUGGAUUGCUAAAUCAACAUUUAAAUCGGGGUUUUACCGAUGCCCGAAACGCUGAAUGAUUUAAAAGGCCAUUCUCAAUGGGAUGAGAUAGUUGGAGUCGGCUAUUGGGUUUUGUGAAGCGUAAAGCGACAAAGAUUAUAUUGCGGAAGUUUUAAAAUUGUUUCAUAUAUUCGGCUACUGUUUUCACAAACUCGGUUUCAACAAAACGUAAACGAAAGGUGAAUCGGAUCGCUUUAUUGUACAUGAUGUCUUGGAUUCGAAUCCCUCACGUACCACUCGCUUUACUACUGGUAACAGGGUACCAAAAAGGCGAUUGCAUCUCAGAUGGCACAAUAGUCAGCGAUGCAAGAGAGAUCGAGAUUGGUGAUAACACUUCCGCGCCGCUUUGCAAGUUCAGUGCAUGGGAAAGAAGCAAGAGUUAUUUUGACGUGCAGUUUCACGAAUCAGAUCCAGUUUUCGUGAAAUUCAAGCUGGAUACAAGAGGGAAAUCGGGAAUGUCAAUUAAUGAAUCGAGUCACGCCGACGUGAUAUUUCCACAUAACUGGGUCUGGACAUACUCAACCGAGAAUUCGAAUUAUCCAUAUCUAAGUUUGUACAUGGACUACGGUAUUGUUUCAUUCUCCCUGCUUGAUGCACGAACACUCGAACUCGACUAUUUGGCUCUAUAUGUGAUACCGGAUAACCAAACAGAAAACUGUCGAUUAAUCAUUGGUGACAACGCAUCCAUGAUUAAUGUAGCAAAAGCAUUAUCUGAGAUUGUCGUAACAAAUAAUACCGACGAAAAUCGAUAUCAAAAACAUUUCUUCUGCUAUCUAACAAAACUUCCAGAAGUUGACACUUUUGCAGGACUAUACUUUAAUUUUCCAACUAAUGUCUUUCAAUACUCGUGCUGCAUUUUUGAAUACUCCUACAACGAGGGAAGGUAUUCAGAACCGAAAUGUAAUCAAAAACAGCAGAAAUGGACCUUAUGCACAACGGGGCCAUAUUUUGCCGGAAUCAUUAUACUAGCGUUUUGUCCUAUAUUCCUCUUUCAACUAUUAAAUACAGUUGGCAAAGACGAAAUAUGUCAGCCAUAUGACUUCGACUGUCUCAUUGAUACUCCUUUAACGUUAUGUCAAGAUAUACAAGAGGAGGACACGUGGAUAUUUCUAGACGGGAAACCUCCUCUAAGAUUAUCCGAUCUGCCUUCAAGGCUGCUAUCGGACUUGAAAGAACAUCGUCCGUUAACAUAUUCGCGGCUUAGCCGACUGUUGUGUGUACUUAUUGCUCCUGUGUUGCUAUUUGUAAGGGUGCUUCUGUUCAAAGACGGUAUUGGUUCAAAGAACACAGUAACAGUGGACGAUCUUGUUGCAAGAAGUACCCCAUUAGGAUUCCUGUCUCUUCUUGCGAAAUAUGAACACGCACGGCAAACCUUUGUUCCAAUUCUAGGAGGGCCUUGGGUAGUUUUGGGGUUAUUCUAUAUUCUUGGUAUUAUUAUCAUCGUUACACCAAGAAGUUUGAAGCAAAUCAUAGAAAACGGAACGCCGACAAAGAGAAAAUGGUCGCCAUUAUUUUUUGGAGUUGACGAGGUGUUGCGCAUGGCUAUGCUUGAACCGGAAACAGAACCCGGAUACAGUAGGGCUUCCACUUUUUGUCGAGGGAGCUUUCUUAUGCUUUUUAACGUUUUAUUUUGGAAAAGAGUCUGCUAUGUAAACAAAACGCGGUUUUACGGUUAAUAGUCCGUUACAAAAUUGCGUUUAUUUUACUCGUUUUACCAGUGACCGUCCUUAGUUUCCUUGAGUUUGCUACUUGCGUCAUCUACAACGCCGUACCAUUCUUUAGCGGUGGCGUUAUUUUAUUGAAGGGUUAUAUCGUUUCCAUUUUAGACCAGAGGAAUUAUUAUUUUGGUUCAAUAUUGUUUUCUUACAAAUUUUCGGUCGUGUUAAUGAUUUGUACGUGUACCAUACUAUUCACUCUGUUUUUGUAUAUUUUGUGUUUGAUUUUCCUAGAAAGUUUCAUAAUCAUAUCGCAGAUAACAAUAAUGUGCUUUGUAGCAGUUGUAGUGUUCCCUUCUUCUAGUUUUGGAUAUUUAUUUUUUGUUGUAGCUAUGUUGUACUAUAUAACUCGCCUCAUUCGAUCAUUCGGGAAUGUGUACUUGGAAUUGCUUUCAAUCGCCGUAGAACAGUCUGUGGUUUCGGAAUUCAAUAUUAAGUCUUCUGCGUAUGAAAAUAAAUCACUAAAUGAUCCAUACGAUGGCAAAAUGUGUGAAAACGACGUGCAAAACGUUUCAGAAACACCUCCAGGCAUAACAAUCCAUCGAACACGCCAAAGAAAGAACCUACGUGGAAUACCAAGGAGUUUGUUUGAAUAUUUGAUUCAGAGACACCGACCUACAUAUUUUCAGGUGCUCAAAUUACUAUUCAACAUUACUCUAAUUAUAACAUUAUGGGUUGUUACUCUGUACAUACUGGACAAGUUCAACGUAUCGUCUCCUUCGGAGAAGUCUGACGUCAUGCACGUGGUCUUCGUGGUGAUAGUUGGCGCGUUGCCAAGGGUGUUGGAGGUCGUUUUUAUCGAUGAAAGUGACGUUAUUAAAAGACAAGUGGAAGAAACAAAGCUUGCAAAGUCGAUUGAACGUUAUUGGAAUUGUCAGACAGUACAACUUGAAAAUCGCGCAUGAAGUGUUUGAAAGGUGAUAUAAGCGAUUAAUUGACGUGUGAUUGGUGAAGGUUGAUGAUAUCAAAGGCGUGUAAAUGCUUACUAGAUAUAACUCGUAAAUUAGCUUAUGUACAACUGAUUUAACCACAGUGCUUCAAGCGGCAAAAAUGUAUUUUAUCACGCUUUGAUUUUGUCAUAUUUUUUUAAACAAUAAUUGAGGAAUUCAAAUUAAAAUGUGGACAUUUCUAAUGAAUACAACAUUUUGCCGUCCAAACGUGUAUUCUUAUACAUGUUUUGUGUAAUAAUUUUCAUUUUGUGUGAUUGCAAACUGUAACAUUACGUAUAAAAAUAAAAAGUCACCGUAAUAAAAUAUUUAUAUAUGUUAAUUAAAAAUAUAACGUCAUAUUAGUCUCAACGACAAAUUGACGGUAUGCAAAUAAUAAAAAUACUAAACGAUGUUAUCAAAUAUUAAUGUUUGAUAUUGUGUAAUGUUGUUUUCCACAACCUCUAGAAAGCAGUAUUUUACAAAAUGCACAAUGAUUGUAGUAUACCAGGCAAAUGAACGUGUUUGUACAAUUAAAAGAAUACUUGUCCAUAUUCCAUUCAAACAAAAACCCUACUUUCAAACUUUUUACACCAUAACACGUAUUGAUUUCUGACAAUAAAUAAUGUCAUCCGUUAAAAUGCAGUCAUUUUAACAAGUCGACGAAUACUUCUUUUUAGGAUAAAUCAUUGACAACGUUGACAAAAUAUUUUUUGGGAAAUAAAAGAAAGGUUAUAAUGAUGACAUCAUCCUUACGAACAUACGAGGCAUGUCUCCAUGUGUGUUUCAGACACAAUUGUACACUCUUAAUUUGUUAUUUUGUAAAUGUUCACACCAAUUUAAACGCGCGUGCUAUGGGCACAUAACUAUUGCACAUAAUUGUAUAACUAGCAUUUUUUGUGUAUGCGGAUUAAUCAAAUAAACUUAGAUAACAUC